GUUAAGCUGAUUCAGUAGCCGGAAGCAGCUUUGAAAAUGUCGAAGUGCUUUGCGAUGCGUGCAAUUAUUAAACAUCAUUGCCAAUUGGUCACAAUGUCAAUGAGAAUGACAGGGCCAGACGCACCGUAUUGUUGAUGCUUCCGCACUUACCAACAAACAAAACGGUUAUAAGCAUUUAUCUCUUCUUCUUCCCUCAGCUCUCACAACAACAACACCACCAACACUCAGAUCAGAGAUUUCUCCUGCUAGAAAGUCUUGUGUGUGUUUUGUGAUCUUUGAAGAUGGGGAAAAAGCGUGUAAUGGUGCCGGCCAAGGACGUUGACUUGUCCUCCAUCAAAUACGAACCUCAAAUUGUCCAAGCUCCGCAUUUGACUGGCUUUAUGUUUAGAUUGUUUGUGAAGAUACUAGAAACUCCACUCAUAGGUCCUCUCAUUGUGAAUUCUUUGAAGAAGGAAAAUAAAUUUAAUGAGUUACUGCGGAACACCGUGAUACCUGAGGAACCCAUGUUUAAACCUGAAUAUCCACCUCAAGAAAUGGAACCUGGUGUUAUUGUCCUUGACGAAAAUGGGAGACCCGAAGACCGAGUUGAGUCUGCCUUGAAGUGUCUUCCACAUUAUGAUCCUGCUGGAUUCUGGGAAAAUUCAUCUGUACCCUUUCGGUACUGGAAAAUACGUGACUAUGCUUAUGCUUAUCGAUCUAGAAAAGUAACCCCAUCUAUGGUUGCUGAGCGCAUCAUCUCUAUUAUAGAGGAGAAUGGAAUAAAUAAACCUCCGACACCACUAUUGAUAUCCUUUGAUGCUGCAGAAAUCCGGAAGCAGGCAACAGAAUCUACUCAAAGGUUUGAAGCAGGAAAUUCGUUAUCUAUAUUGGAUGGAAUUUUCAUGGCCAUCAAAGAUGACAUAGACUGCUAUCCUCAUCCGUCUAAGGGUGCAACUACAUGGAUGCAUGAGGCACGCACUGUAAAGAAGGAUGCUGUCUGUGUUUCAAGGCUGCGUAGCUGUGGUGUCAUAUUCAUAGGGAAGGCAAAUAUGCAUGAGUUUGGCAUGGGUACAACAGGAAAUAAUCCUAAUUACGGAACUACAAGAAAUCCUCAUGCACCUGAUAGGUAUACCGGUGGAUCUUCUUCAGGUCCAGCUGCAAUUGUUGCUUCUGGACUCUGUUCUGCUGCACUGGGAACUGAUGGUGGAGGUUCAGUCCGAAUUCCUUCUUCCCUUUGCGGUGUGGUUGGAUUGAAGACAACUUAUGGGCGGACAAGCAUGGAGGGGUCAUUAUGUGAUUCUGGGACAGUGGAAAUUAUUGGACCCAUUGCUUCAACGUUGGAGGAUGUCAUGCUAGUGUAUGCGGCAAUGUUGGGUGCAUCACCUGCAAAUAGAAUCAGUUUGAAGCCG